CCUCCUCCUGGACCCGGAGCCUGCAGGGAGCAGUAGAACGGAGAGAACAGAACAGAAGGAAGGUUCUGAGCGACACCAAGAGUUGGACUCUGUCUAGUGAAAAUGAAGCUGUGGCUGCUGGUUCCGGUUUUUUCCCUGAUUCUGACUGUUUGCGCGGCCCGGUCUCCGUACCAGACAGUUCUACAGCACAGCCGGAUCCGUGGCCGGCAGCAGGGGCCCAAUGUUUGUGCCAUGCAGCAGAUCAAAGGAACCAACAAGAAAUACUUCACCAACUGCAAACAGUGGUACCACCGGAAGAUCUGUGGAAAACCCACGGUCAUCACCUAUGAGUGCUGUCCAGGUUAUGAGAGGAUUCCUGGAGAAAAGGGCUGUCCUGCUGCACUGCCUCUGGUGAACAUCUACAACACUCUGGGCGUGGUUGGAGCCUCCACCACUCAGAUGUACUCGGAACGAGCCAGACUGAGGGAGGAAGUGGCAGGACCAGGAAGCUUCACCUUCUUCGCUCCGAGUAACGAGGCCUGGGCUGCCCUGCCUGCAGAGAUCCUAGAUGCUCUGGUGAGUAACGUGAACAUCGAGCUGCUGAACGCUCUUCAUUACCACAUGGUGAAUCGAAGGCUGACCUCCGAGGAGCUGAAACACGGAUCCUCCUUUUCAUCCAUGUACCAGGACUCGCACGUCCACAUCCACCACUACAGCAACGGGAUCGUGACGGUCAACUGUGCUCGUCUCAUUAAACCUGACCAACAUGCCACCAACGGCAUUGUGCACGUCAUCGACCGUGUCAUCACCGCUGUCUCCAACAACAUGCAGUCCAUCAUUGAUAUUGACGAUGACCUGGAGACGCUCCGUGCAGCCUUUGCCGCUGCAGGACUGAGCACCCUGCUGGAGAGCGAGGGUCAGUACACCAUCUUUGCUCCCACUAACGAUGCCUUUGCUAAGAUUCCUCGGGAGACCCUGAACAGGAUUCUGGGAGACCCCGUCGCUUUGAAAGACCUGCUGAACUACCACAUCCUGAAGCAGCUGCAGUGCGCUGAAUCUAUCGUGUCUGGGACCCCCAUGGAGACGCUGCAGGGCACCUCUCUGGAGGUCGGCUGUGACGGUGACCAGAUGACUCUGAAUGGGAAGGCCAUCAUCACCAAGAAGGACAAUCUGGGAACCAACGGUGUCAUCCACUACAUCAGCGAGCUGCUCAUCCCAGACUCAGCUAAAACUCUCUUGGAGCUGGCUGAGGACUCACCUGUUUCUAUGGCGACCAGGUUGUUUGUGGACGCGGGUCUCUCGUCUUACCUGACUGGCUCGGAGACCCUGACCAUGCUAGCUCCUCUGAACGACGCCUUCAAAGGAAGUGUGACGAUGACUCCUGACCUGAGGAAGGUGAUGAAGAACCACAUCCUGAAGCAGCGCCUGUCUUCCAAGUCUUUGUAUCAUGGUCAAGAGCUGGAAACACUGGGAGGUCUAAAACUGCGAGUUUUUGUCUACAGAAAUAACCUUUGCAUCGAGAAUGCUUGCAUCGCUGCUCACGACAGAACCGGCCGCUAUGCCACCAUGUUCACCAUGGACAAGGUCCUGACCCCGCCUGUAGGGACGCUCAUGGACGUCCUGAAGGUCGACGACCGCUUCAGCCAGCUUGUCGGAGCCAUUCAGAAUGCAGGCAUGACAGAGCUGCUCAACCAGGAGGGGGCGCUCACCUUCUUCGCUCCCACUGACGAAGCAUUCAAGGCGAUGCCUCAGGCUGAUCUCAGUCGUCUGAUGAGGAACCCUCAGCAGCUGUCAGGUGUCCUCAAGCUGCACCUGGGGGAGGGCCUGUUGGUGAGCGGGGGAGUCAGCUCUCACACCCGUCUGACGCCUCUGCAGGGGGACAAACUGGAGCUGGGCGUGAGGAACUACACUGUCUACGUCAACAAGGUUCCUGUGGUAGACGCUGACCUGAUGGCGACUAACGGAGUUGUUCACGCCGUUAACAGCAUCAUCAAACCUCUGGCUCCAAAGGCGGACAGGGAGCAGGCAGAUGGACCUGCAGCUGCUCCACCUGCAGUAGACUCCAGGAGAUUCAGGAACGAUGAUCUGUUUGAGAAGGUUCUGAGGAGUCACUCCAGCAGAACCAUGAACAGGAGUCAGUAAUGAUGAAGGCAGAGCUCCUUGAGUCCCAGCACAACUGAUUCCCUGUUUCUAACUUCCAGUUUGUAAAAACCAGUUAACUGUGUGAAACCAGAGUGGGAUCUUCUGUAAAGCGUUGUGUUGUCCUGCAGCAUGUCAUCAGGUCGCGGCUCCAAACUCGUAGUGGAUUUUGUAAAAUAAAGCUGAGAGUGAGA